AUGUCAUUGCAACCACUCAGAGACGAUCUGCCAAGAUUCCUGGAGCCUUACCUUCCUCAGCCGUCGGGUUCGCAAGCGGCCAAACCCUUUGUGACACUCACUUAUGCUCAAUCUCUAGACUCCAGGAUCUCGAAGGGCAAAGGCAUUCGAACCACCAUUUCUCAUGCAGAGACCAAGACCAUGACACAUUACUUGAGAUACCAUCAUGAUGGCAUUCUGAUAGGGAGCGGUACCGUUCUGGCUGACGAUCCUGGUCUUAACUGCAAGUACGGCAGUGAAGAAGGUUACAGCCAUAGUCCAAGACCAAUUGUACUCGACAGCAGACAGCAAUGGAGGUUUGAAGGGUCUAAAAUGAAGGAUCUUUAUCUGAAAAGCCAGGGGCAAGCACCAAUCGUGGUUGUCUCCGAAGAGCCCAGGGAAAGAGAGAAAGAUGUGGCCUACCUGCUUUGUCCCUACCUCAGUUCAUCGAGAGUCGAUUGGAAGACCUUACUAAAGAAAUUACACGAUGAGUUUGACAUAAAAUCGAUAAUGGUUGAAGGCGGAGCAACAGUUAUAAAUGAUCUCCUACUAAAACCGGCCUUAGUGGACGCCCUUAUUAUUACGAUCGGCUCGCGGUUUCUGGGAAGCUCAGGAGUCGAGGUCAGUCCGAUUCAGUCGGUGGAGCUUGAAGCUGUCGCAUGGUGGAACGGUACUGCAGAUGCUGUGCUCUGCGCUAAACUAAGCGGCUCGAAAUAA